AUGAGCAAUAAAGAAAGUAAUCUUGAAGAGGAUUCUUUAUUGUUUGAUUCUAAUUGUGAAACCAGCGAUAAUAUAUCAAUUGGUUCCAGCAACAGGGCUGUUUUAAUAGUUCAAGAAAAUCAACCCCAUGUAACAAAAAAAAAAUCAUUAGAUGAUGAUAGUGAUGAUUCAGAAAAUGAUACUUUAGAAUUAACUAAUGAUUCUUCUCAAAAUACUUAUCUUAUCAAGUCAAUGUGUCAAAUAAUCUAUAAUUCUUUGUUUAAUUAUUGGAAUAAACCAUUAAUGAUUGGUUUGUUGGCAACACUUUUGGAUCUAUGGCCAAAAAUGCUCUCAUGUUGGGAUCUAAAAACUCAAGAAAGAGCCAAAGCUGAAUUAACCCAUCAAUUUAAAAAUAUAGCUACUUCAAAUCAUAAACAAACAAUAUCAAUAUAUACUACUUCCUCAAAUAGUAACAAUAUAUGCCACAAUUAUUUACAUUUUUCAAUUUUUGGCAUAUCUACUUCAACCUAUACUGAUUCUAAUUCUUCAGCUGAAUUAGAAUGCUAUUUGGACUCUACACGAACUCCUAUUGCUGAAAAUAACAUGAAUCUAUUUAAAUAG